AUAUAUAUAUCAUAGAAUAUGUCAAUGAAUAUUAAAUGUAAAUAAGUCUAUAGACGUGAGACGUUUAUGUACAAUGUAAAUGGAGCCCACGAUCAACAAUGCUCUUUAUUAUUUCAUUCGAAGUUUACAUGUCAAUGUAAUGUAAUAUUAUUAUAUUACGAUGAUUACGAUCUUUCGAAGAAGACGCGGCAAUGAAAAGUUGUAGUUACGCAACGACAGGUGGCGAUAACUUCUCGUGAGAAUACCUGAUAUCUUCAAGUUUAUCAAGUGCCAGCUGCAAUCUAGAAAUUUGGUAUCCUUUGUUCUUGGGAUACUUGGUGAUCUGUAAUAAUUGUUUCCGAAGUGCCUAUUAAUGUUAUAUUUAUUAUUAUUUAAUAUUAAAAUAAUAUAAUGUUUUUAUUUGGAAACGAUUAAUAUUUAAUAUAAUUUAUGUUGAUUAAUUAUUAUUAUUGGAAAUUUAAUUAAAAUGUGUUGACCUAGAAAAUAUUUUAGAUUUCAUUUAUUCAAAUAUGUCGAAUAUUUAAUGAAGAGGACUAAUGCUUCAGCCAUCAAUGGAUCCUGUUUGCGUUAUUGGUAUUAGCGAUGUAUCUGCUAACUUAUGUCAAUCGUCAUGCAUAUCUCUUAUAAGGAUAUAAAAAAAUAUUAUUUUCUAUGAUUGAUUAUGCAUUUUUGUUAUUACUAUUGUCAUUUGAAUAUUAUGGAUAUUUCGUGACAGUGCCAUCAAUUACGAAUGAUCAAAGGAGUAUCUAACAAUAAUAAAAACUUACGAAAUGGAUAGUUCUGAAUAUGAGAUGGUCAGAAAUAUGACUCUCUUAUUCUUUUUUGAACGUUUAAUGGACAAAGGUGGACCACGGACAUUACACGAUUUAAGUUGUCAAUUUGGAGCUAAAGGAUUCACUAAAGAAAUGCGUCAAAUAGCAGGUGGAUCCCAGAGUGGCCUUAAGAAGUUUUUAUCUCAACAUCCAUCACUUUUUAUUAUAAACGGUGAUUACGUAUCCAUUAAUACUUUUCAAUCUGUACACGAAGAAGACAGUGGAUUUAAAUUAAGUGGAACACGUGAUUAUGCUCGAGAAGCGGUAGAAUAUUUUUCUAAUAAAUUGAUGCAAUACGGAGUAGGAACUGAGGUACCAAUAACUAGCCUACUUGGACAUCGAUCGCAGGCCUCUCCAGAAGUAAGACACAUUUCUGGUCAACGCUAUAAAGAAUUUAGAGAUUUUCUCUUGAAGUAUCCUGGUGCCUUUGUAGUUACGGACGAUAAUGUAAUGUUGAAACAAUACGAAGGAAUGAAAGUAAAAUUAUUCGUAGAAUUGGAACCCGAUACGCCUAUCGAUCCCGAAGUUACUGUAAAAUUAUUACAAUUUUUUGCCCAAUGCAUAGAAGAGAAGGGUCCAAUUUUUAUAGAUAUAUUGUUUAAUAUGGUUAAUGAAAAAUUUUGUCAUGGACAAAAUUGGACGUCUAUAUUUAAAACGGUUCGAGAUUUGUCUACAUUUAUAAAAAUGUUUCCCGACACCUUUCAUGUUCAAAGUAAUCUCGUAACAUUGAUAGAACGGGGAAAAUCUUCUACGUUAGAAACAGACACGAAAACGAAACCUAUGCAAUUGACUCGAAAUCGUGGUAAUGCCGUAAAUCGAAUAAAUGCAGUACAACAAACAACAAGUUUAUCAAAUAAUACACAGACAUCAUCUCAGGCAGUAAACUCAGAAAGCGUUGUAUGUAACAACUCACCAAUUGAAAAUAAUACAUCGCAAACUGCAACUCCUACACCUGUUGAAACUAAUAAUAACUGUCCUUUAGUAAGUUUACAGCAACAAACGCUUAAACAAAGAAUAAAUACGCUUGUAAUGAAGACGUUAGCAGAUAAUACCGAUAAAGAUCGCAGUUUACAGAGUAUUCAAAAGGGUGACGCGUGGAAAUUAAAAGUAUUACAACAGACAAGGGUAAUUGUAAACCCAAAAGAAAGUUUACAGAUUAUAGAAGAUAUAAUAAAUCCUCGCAAACCUCGAGCUGAUAAUAAUGUUAUUUCGUUUGAUUGCGAAGGAAUAAAUUUGGGUGUUAAAGGACAAUUAACUCUAAUACAAAUUGGUACUAUGAGUGGUCAAGCUUAUGUCUUCGAUUUAUUUACAUGUCCUACCCUCGUACAGGCUGGCGGACUUCAAAAACUUUUAGAAACUGAUAAAGUUAUCAAGGUGAUUCACGAUUGUAAAAAUGAUAGCGUUAAUUUAUAUAAUCAAUUUAACAUAACGCUAAAUAAUGUCUUUGACACGCAGACUGCACAUGCCGUAAUUCAAUUUCAAGAAACAGGGAAACCUGUGUACAAAGUAAAAAAUGUCAAUUUAAAUAUUUUAUGCGAUCAUUAUGGGGCACCAUGUAAUCCCUUGAAGGAACAAUUAAAAAAUAUUUAUCGUAAAGACCAAAGAUACUGGUCUCGUCGGCCUAUGACUAGAGAUAUGUUGAUUUAUGCUAGUAGCGAUGUUCUCAGUCUUGUACCACGGGUAUAUCUUUCUAUGACAAGAUUGAUCAAGCCGGAGUUUCAAAGCCUGUUUACAGAAUUAUGCGAAGAACAAAUUCUGAUGCAUAUAAAACCGGCAGAAGUGAAGGCUCGUAAAAAGCAAAGAAAAGUUGAAACGGAAGUUGCAGAUUUAAAGAAAAGAAUGGAAGAGGCAACGUGUAAAAACAUUGUAUUAAGUAAUCGGGAAAUUCGUCUUCUUCGUUAUUUAGAUCUUACGGAGGAAGAGAAAGAGAAAUUAAAGGGUAAUUAUAAGGUUGCUAAGAAAUUGGAAAAAUUAGAGAAUAUGGGUCAAGAUAAAGGUGAUAGCAGCGACGAGGACGACGAAGAUAAAAUGGAAGAUACGGAAUAUCAUAGCAUGGACAGUUACACCUCGGAGAAUUCGCAUUCUGGUGGAAUAUUAUCACCAAGAAAUUCCGAGACUCCAAGUUUAACAGAAUCUAUGCAAAUGGUCGAUGAAAUUCUAUCGGAUGCUCGAAUGGAUAGGUUGGAAAAAAUAGAGAAAUUAGAAGCAAUACUUUCUGCUGUGACUACGUCUUCGAACGAUCAAUUAUCGCCGCCAAAUAGUACAGAGAUUUCCCCAAGACAAUGUGUGUGUAAAUGUCUAAACGAUAAAGUUGAUAGCCCAACGAAAGAAACUAAGAUAUUGGUUAAUGCUGCCUGCCAAACACUUAGUACAGGUGAUAUCGCAAUAACGAGAGUAUUUGUCACGGAGGAAGAAAAGGAACGAGUAAGAUUACAGAAUUCGCCAAAAAAAUAG